UGGGCCGUUCGUCAUUCGAAGUUGAACUAACAGUCAGGAAGGUUGCCCGUCGUUCGUGGUUCCGUGGUCUACCGAGUAGGGCUCUAGGGGUCUCAGUGAAUUUAGAGGGGUGUGAGAAUUAAUAAUAGUGCACAAAUAGUGUGAAUAUUUAUUUUGCAUCCAGGAUGCAUGCUAUUAGUAAGGUUCUAGUGGCUCUAUCGGUGGUCAGCCUGGUAGCAGCGAAAGUGUACUUUAAGGAAGAAUUUAAAGAUGAUUCUUGGGAGAAAAACUGGGUUCAGAGCGAGCACAAGGGUGUGGAGUACGGAAAAUUCGUUCAAACGGCUGGAAAAUUCUUCAACGACGAGGAUACAGACAAAGGUCUGCAAACGUCGCAGGAUGCCCGCUUCUACGCUUUGUCGACCAAGUUCGAACCGUUCUCGAACAAGGACGACACGCUGGUCGUUCAGUUCUCGGUGAAGCACGAGCAGAACAUCGACUGCGGUGGCGGAUACCUGAAGGUGUUCGACUGCAACGUCAACCAGAAGGAUCUGCACGGCGAUUCGCCGUACCUGGUCAUGUUCGGUCCGGACAUUUGCGGCCCGGGAACCAAGAAGGUGCACGUCAUCUUCAGCUACAAGGGCAAGAACCAUCUGAUCAACAAGGACAUCCGCUGCAAGGACGACGUUUACACCCAUUUCUACACGCUGGUAGUGAAGAGCGACAACACGUACGAGGUGCUGAUCGAUAACGAGAAAGUUGAAUCGGGAUCACUGGAGGAUGACUGGGAUUUCCUGCCACCGAAGAAGAUUAAGGAUCCGGAGGCCAAGAAACCGGAAGAUUGGGAUGACCGUGCAACCAUUCCUGAUCCGGAAGACACCAAACCAGAGGAUUGGGACAAACCAGAACACAUUCCGGACCCAGACGCUACCAAGCCUGACGAUUGGGAUGAUGAGAUGGAUGGCGAAUGGGAACCUCCAAUGAUCGACAACCCCGAGUACAAGGGUGAAUGGAAACCCAAACAGAUCGACAAUCCGAACUACAAGGGAGUCUGGGUGCAUCCGGAAAUCGAUAAUCCAGAGUAUGUCGAGGACAGCAACCUUUAUCUGCGCGAAGAAGUUUGCGCUGUUGGUUUGGAUCUGUGGCAAGUCAAGUCUGGAACCAUCUUCGACAAUUUCCUAAUCACAAAUGACGUUGAAGAAGCAAAGAAGGUUGCUGCCAGUUUCAAGGAAACCCAGGAGGGUGAGAAAAAGGUAAAAGAAGCCCAGGAGGCCGAAGAACGUAAGAAGGUAGAGGAAGAAGCCAAGGCUGCCGAAGCUGAAAAGGAUGACGAAGACUUGGACGAUGAGGAAGAUGAUGAUAGCACCGCUGGAGAGGCAAGUGAAGUCGAAGAUGAAGGACACGAUGAGCUAUAAGCACUAACAGCAGCGAAGAGUAUCUCCGAUCAGGGGAUGUGCAUUUAUUCUAUUCAUCUUCAAAACGACAUUUUAAGUAACAGUCGUUUCAUUUGUUUUUCCUCAAUUUUCGUUUUUUCCUGUUUUUUUUGUUGCGCAGCAGUAAAAAGACUAUGUUCAAAUAGUCACACUGUUAUUUAUCUCAGACGAGUCAGCGUUUUUUGUGAUUAAAACAAAGAGGAAAACAAGCAGAGAGUCCUAUCGAAUCAGCAGUUAGCGCUUAAAAAAUUGGAGCGAGACAUAAACCUAAUAAGUCUGAAAAUCAUUUUAAACUAAAAUGUGGUGUCGUAGAGCAAGUAGCGAGCUGCGGGAAAAAAUUGAUUGUGACUGGAAGCGAGCCUUGCGCUUUGUGACAGCGAGCGACUGAAUGAGCCCAUGAUUUAGGUGUAUGAUGUGAGUGUAUAUAAGUUUUUUCUCUGUUUAAUUCAAAUUGAAUUACUUUUAGAAUCAUAGAAGAAAAAAUCAGAAUAAACUUGCUGAACAUUGAUGAA